CCCCCCCGCUAUAAAUCCCCGGCUCCUCCCCCGGCCUCCCCAAUCCACAAUCCCACCGCCCCAGCAAUCCAGCAUUGCCAUUGCCCCUCAGCUCGCCGGAACCCCCAGCCCGCCGGGACUCGCCUGAUCUCGCUCGCUCGGCCGCCCGCCGGAUCCGUCAACAAAAGCCAUGGGGUCGCAGGCCGUGGAGGCGCACCGCGCGGGCGCGGAGGUGUACCGCGGCGCGGCGCUGUGCGCGGAGAAGUCGGCGGAGCUGCUGGCGGAGGUGCACCUCCCGCUGGGCCUGCUCCCGCUCGCCGACAUGGAGGAGGUCGGUUACAACCGGUCCACGGGCUUCGUCUGGCUCCGCCAGAGGAAGGCCCUUACCCACACCUUCCGGCAGAUCGGGCGCCAGGUCUCGUACGCCGCCGAGGUCACCGCCUUCGUCGAGGACCGCAGGAUGAAGCGCAUGACGGGAGUCAAGACCAAGGAGCUCCUCAUCUGGGUCACCCUCUCCGACAUGUUCGUCGAGAAGGACGACACGUCCAAGAUCACCUUCAAGACGCCCACCGGGCUCGGCAGGACCUUCCCCGUCGCCGCCUUCGCCAAGGAGGGAGACAACGGCAAGACCAAGCCCAAGGAGGCGCCCGCCGCCGCCAACGGCAAGGAGCCCGCCGCCGCCGUCAGCGGUGAGUGAGUCUCAGGUGGCGGCGAGGACCGGAGUGGAGUGCUUUUUAUGGUGGUUAAACUACCUGCUUAAUACAGUAUUAGUUAGUAGCGCUGGCCGUUAUUGCUAUACUACGACAGUUCUGAAUAAUGAAGUCUGUACUGCUGCUACUGUUUGCUUAAAUUUAUGUUCUAUUUAUGAAUGAUGAAACGAGAAUCAAUCAUCAGCUUUGGAAGCU